UGCUUCUAUGUCUUGCUCUCUGUUUCUGUUUUAGCUCUGAUAUGUUUUUUGCCUCUCAAAAGGGCCUCCACAGUCAUCCACUGUUUCUUGCUGGGUAUUGAUAUUUAGUUGAGUUGUUUGAUCAGUUUAUAAGCUUGAUAUUUAGUUGAGUUGUUUGAUCAGUUUAUAAGCUUGAACGAACGCCCUCGUGAUGCUUUAGGAAGAUAUUGUUAGCCCACAAGUUAGGGCUUAUUCCCACUGAAAAAUAGUCGGUACAUAUUUUGAUUGAAUCGAUGAGAAAAAGAAAAAAGUAAUAAUCUUUUAGUAUAGAAAAAUUAGGAAGUUUCCCACUAUUAUGAUUCGUAGUGGGAAACGCUUGUGUUUCUAGUAAUGACGUGGGAAUAGCCUCUUUUCGAAAUACAAGAAGUGUGUACAGUGUAUAUAUGCCCACUCUUUCCCUCUGCUGGCACUAGCAGAAGUCCUUUUUGCACAGGGUAAGCUCUUAGGUUCACAUUAUUGAGUUACAGGCAACCAGAAAUGGAAAUUUACGCUAACUUCUUCGUUGGAAGAGAUGUUGGCGAAGGCCACAAAGCUAGAAGGGCAUUUUGUCAUCUUAACCAACGUGCACGUGCAAUGAUGUGAAAUCCAAUAUCUUCGUCUACAAUUACUUGUCGUAACACGUUUCUGCUCUAAGACUUUCUCUCAACAUAUCUGUAAGCAGGGAGUCCGCAUUCACUAUUAAGCCUACAUAGAUGUGGAGAUUAUUGAAGAUUGAGGCACUAGCUAAAUGAAGGUGUUUUAGAUCAAUGUGAGGUCUAGCACACCUUUCGGAAUAGGACUACAAAUAAAUAAGAUGAACUGCUGGGCACCGGCCUUGGCGUCAAAAGUCCCUCUGAAUACCAGGAGAAACCAGACUGCCUCUCCUGCUCUUAGACAAAUGAAGUCUGACCUUUUAAGUCAACGUAUUGGUGGAUUUGGAACCAAUCUUAGCAGUGGAGGGAGUUCUCUGGGAGGAUCAAGAAUCAUUACUCAACUAAAUCUUCAAAGAACUCUUUCGCGAAGAAAAAGUCCUAUGGUGUCUGCUUGCUGGGUGCCAAGUUCAGAAGUUGCAUCUACUGCUUUCACAGUGGGAACAGCAGCAGUUCUUCCGUUUUAUACCGUCAUGGUUGUGGCUCCUAAAGCUGAACUUACCAGAAAAGCGAUGAAAAGCAGCAUACCCUACAUUGUGCUUGGACUUCUGUACGCAUAUCUAUUAUACCUCUCCUGGACACCAGAUACAAUUCGGCUGAUGUUUGCUAGUAAAUACUGGCUCCCGGAGCUGUCUGGUAUAGCGAAGAUGUUCUCCAAUGAAGUGACGUUAGCUUCUGCAUGGAUUCAUCUGUUGGCCAUUGAUCUUUUUGCUGCAAGGCAGGUUUAUCAUGAUGGAUUGCAGAAUGAUAUCGAAACCCGCCAUUCUGUGUCUCUGUGCUUGCUGUUUUGCCCUGUUGGAAUUCUUACUCACUGCAUCACCAAAGCUCUAACUAGUAGCCCAGAAAAGAAACAGCAUAGGACUCAUUAACCAAUGUUUUAGGCCUUCUUAUGUUAUCCGUAAAUGAUCAGCCAGCGCGUGAACUUAUGAGCAAAGUGUAAAGGUUUUAAGUCAAUGAAUACAUAAGCUAUUUCAAUAACUUGUUUCUAAGA